CUCAAAAUUAUAUACUCCGUAACUCUAUUUUUUUAAGUGUAUACUUUGACACUUAAGAUUCCUCAAAUAUUUGGCACAAGUUCAGGGAGUAUUUGCCUAUUAGAACACUCUCCUGCCGGCGUUGCAGCGGCAGCUGCCACCGCUUCCUUUCAGAGUUUCAGUACGAAUAUGAUGCGCCAAUUGUUAUAGUUUUCGUUUGGGACAUCUACUUUCAGUUUCAUCUCUCUCUCGCUCUCUCUUGCAUGGAUGCUCAGAGUUCCAAUGCUGCGGGAAAACGACAGGCCCUAAUUCUUUGAAGGAAGUGCGAAAUUUCAAGGUGAUCUCGUAAUGGAAAACACUUCGGAGGAACCUAUCUCUGCAACAGUACACUGCCGUGAAAGACUUCAUCAGCUGAAAAAUGUAGGCUCAGUAGACUUUGGUGAUUGGAAGAAGCUGAUCGCAGAAAUUGAGAAAAUUCACCAUGAUGACAUAGAUCUUAUUUCGACAGCAUAUGAGUCUCUCUUGUCAAGGUUCCCAUUGUGUCACUGGUAUUGGCAGCGAUAUGCUUAUCAUCAGGCACGCCUAUGCAAUGCUAAUAAGGCCGUUGAAGUCUUUGAGCAGGCAAUUGAGUUAACACCUUUCUCUGUUGGUUUGUGGUAUGAAUAUUGCCACUUUGCCAUAACUUAUUCUGAUGAUCGAGAUAAUGUUCGCAGAUUGUUUAAAAAAGGCAUGACUAUUGUAGGGAAGGAUUAUUAUUGUCAUGUGCUAUGGGACAAAUACAUAUUAUUUGAAUUCUCCCAGCACAAGUGGAUCCAUCUUGCUAAGGUUUAUGCUCAGGCUUUACGCUUCCCUACCCAAAAACUACAAAAAUAUUACAAAAUUUUUAAGGACCAUGUAACCGUUUUGGAGGAAGAGAUUCAACCUCUCAACAAUGGAAACCUUGAAAUGCACACUGAGUUGUAUAGUGAUGCAACUUCACUAUCUGACAAAGAAAUCUCUCGGGUUGUCAAUGACAUCUGGGAUUCUUCUGAUAUACGCGUGAGGUGUAAAGCAUUACAUAGGUACAAAUCUAUUGGAGAUCAGCUGUAUCAGAAAGCUUCGCAGCUGGAUGAAAAAAUAAAAAGAUUUGAGUCAAACAUUCGUAGGCGUUAUUUUGAUGCAGCUCCUUUAGAUGAUGAUCAACUAAAUAAUUGGCAUCAGUAUCUUGAUUUUAUUGAAAAGCAAGAGGAUUUUGACUGGGCACUGAAACUUUAUGAGAGAUGCAUGAUAUCAUGCGCUAGUUACCCUGAAUUCUGGAUGCGCUAUGUGAAUUUCAUGGAGGCCAAGGGGGGACGAGAGUUAGCAAUUUUUGCUAUAGAGCGGGCAACAAAAGUAUUUUUGAGUAAUAUUCCUGGCAUCCAUCUCUUUUCUGCAAGAUUCAUGGAACAAAUUCGAGAUUUGGAUGGUGCUCGUGCGUCCUAUUCUAAUUAUGACAUGAGUGAUAUCUAUUUCCUUCAAAGUGUUGUAAAUCAAGCAAAUAUGGAAAGGCGACUGGUGCAUGUCAAGCUCUCUCAAUUUCUCUCAACUGGAAAGACAUUUUCACUAAUGAAUUCAACACGGAAUUUUCAGGGAAAUCAAGAAGCUGCUUGUGAGACUUACGAGAAAGCACUUAGAUUGGCAACCUCAGACCAGGGGAAACAACUUUUUCUUCCAAAGCUAUACAUUAAUUAUUACCAUCUUAAACUCAUGAUGACAAAUGAUAUAGAUUCUUCUAGAGAUGUAUUAAUAAAAGGAAUACAACAAGUACCAGACUGCAGACUUCUUUACGAGGUAUAUUCUUACAGCAUUAUAGUCCUUAUGGAUGAGCCUUCAAAACAACACUUCUGUCAGGUGGAUGUCAAAUUAGUUUGCCAGGACUACUAUUUAAUCUGAUUAUGCCUUUCAAGCCAUUAAAGUUUAUAAUGAAAAUAUCGUUCUCAUAAUGUAGCCCUGGAUUCAAAGAAACGUGGGCUUUCUUAAUGGAUUCUUUUUAUUGCUUUUUAAAUUUUUUAUAGGCGAAGACAGAUCCUACUGGUAUGUACUGUGUUCUGUAGAGAAUAUGCGUUCAUAUGAAAAACGUACUUUUUGUGGUAGAGGUGAUUUAGAGAGAGAGAGAUAAGCAGGGGUAAAACAAGGACUCUCCCUUGUUUGGUUGAGGGAAGACAUGUAUAAGAGAGAAGAAAAUAUGCAGGACCCACUAUCAUUUUGUUUCUUUCCCAAUUUAGGGAUAAAGAGGGGAUAAAAGCUUUUCAACUUC